GCGCUGCAGUCUGUUGGCGGUUUCGACGCUGUCCGGUCGGCAGUUGCGGCUCGCCGUUGACCCGCUUCGCAACCGCGUGUUCCGUGCCAUGUCCCAACCGCCAACCUCGUGCGCGUCCCAGGUGAAUGUGAAUGUGAAUGCCAGUUCAGUGCCAACGGACAGUGCCUCGGCCGUAGGAAUAUCUGCCAUUUACCGCUGACACGCUCCACACAACCGCCUAAUGCGCACCGGAUAAAACAACGCAAGCAGCAUCGUCCGACAUGGGGAGUUGGCGCCCAACGGAGAGCUGAUGGCCCGAUGAGGAGUCACCGUUCAAGUUGCAAACUUUUUCCGGGAGAAAUCGACCGAUCAAAAUGAUCUCCUCAGGCAAGACUCAGUCACCGAACGAGAGACCGUAUCAAUACGAGUAUACUGCUCUGGGGACGCAGGAUGUUGAGAAAAGCGGGGAGCACGGGAGCGGAGUCUCCGGCAACAGGAGGAAGGUUAACCGGUUCCGAUCGGCGGCGCCUCAGAUACUGGCGGUCACGGCCAAAAAUCUGGUCCUCCUUGAUCUCGGAAUGACGAUGGCGUUCUCCACGAUCGUCGUCCCCGUCCUGCUCGACCCCAACAACAAGGACCCCAACGGACUUUCUUUCACCGAGGAUCAAGCCACCUGGUUCGCUAGCAUACCCAUGGUGUUUCAGCCGCUCGGAAGUGCACUCUCUGGGCUUAUUUCAGCACCUUUGGGCAGGAAGAGAUCUUUGAUGCUGGUAAAUAUCCCUCAGAUAAUUGGUUGGCUCAUGUUGUACUCAUCGUCAUCGGUAAAUAUCAUGUACCUUGCAGCAGCGAUUCAGGGUUUAGGAGCUGGAUUUAUGGAUGCGCCAAUUUUCACAUACGUAGGAGAGAUAUGUGAGCCAUCCCUGAGAGGAGUCUUGAUUUCUUAUUCCCUCCAGUUUUGUUCCGUUGGAUUCUUCCUCCAGUGUCUCCUCGGCUCUCUGACCACUUGGCGGCACGUCGCUUUCAUCAGUAUGCUUUUUCCUACUCUGGCAUUCCUUGCCAUAUCUCAGAUUCCAGAGACUCCAAUGUGGCUACUGUCUAAAAAUAGAAUGAAGGAAGCAGAGAAAGCACUUUGCUGGUUACGAGGAUGGGUGUCAAAGGAGGAGGUGGCUGAAGAAUUCGCUCAACUUGUCCAGUACAGCAAAAACUCCAAAUACAAGAGCGAUGAUGAUAAAAAGAAACUGCAAAUGGACCUCAUUUCUACUGCUAAGCAACCAUGUGGUGGAUGUACUCGACCUCCAAUCGUUCCAUGCGACUCAAAUACUGGAGAUGAUGAUUAUGCUAAGCUCAAACUUCACGAAAAGGUGAAAGAUCUCUUGCGACCGGAAAUUUUGAAACCUAUGUCCAUCAUCAUUAUUGUCAACUUCCUGUACUUCACAAGUGGAUUUCCCGGUUUUAAGACGUACAUGGUGCUACUGUUCCAAAGGGUUCACAGCCCAAUUGAUCCAAACUGGGCAUCGGUGUUUGUAUCAACUUCAAUCAUCCUAAUUCAUAUUGCACAAAUGGUAGCCGUCAAAACUAUUGGGAAACGGUGGAUGACCCUCAUCUCAUCUUUUGGAGCGGCAGUGGCAGGUCUAGCGAUUGGGGUUCAUAUGAGUUUUCAGGGAUUUUUUGAUGAAACGUUUGGCGACCUUUCCAACUGGCUGCUGUUCACAUACUUCGAAAUCUUGACAUUAGCAACUGUGAUAGGUCUUGGUCCAGUGCCUUGGAUGCUUAUGAGCGAAAUUUUCCCAUUUAGGGGUCGUUCAUUUGCCAGCGGUUUUUGCGCAGCUAUAUACUACGCAGCAUCAUUCUUUGCGGCAAAAACGUACUUGAGCACAUUGAAUCUUUUUGGAGUUGCAGGAACGUACUACAUAUUUGGCACUAUUAGCGCACUUGGACUAGUUUACGUCUACUUAUAUCUACCGGAGACUGAAGGCUUAACGCUCGAGGAAGUUGAGGAUAUUUAUAGGCCCAAAAAAAGAUCUGAAGUGAAAAAUCUUUAGAAAUUCUGAGGUGCUUUCAGAUAUGGCACUUAGAAGAGACUUAAAGAUAGUGUUAAAAAUCAAUGGCUACAUGGAUAGCUUGUUACCUUGUGCACUACCAUAACCAUUAUUCCAACUUUAACUAGAGAGAUAAUUCCGUUGUAUAAGCAAACUUUGAGACGCUGUUCACCAUGUCUUGAACAAUCAACGAAAUAUGCUCAAAUUAUUCUAAAAGAGCUUUCUGAGGCCUUAAACUGAUUGCUUUUUAUCAAAAAGAAAUACGAUCAACAACUUCCCUAAUUUGUUUAAAAAAUUCACUUAGAUAUAGAGGCAAAAAUUGUUUUACUGUCUGAUUUUUUUCACAUCUUUUUAAAAUUUGAACGUUUUUCCAUUGAUAUAUUUGCCAUCUUUCCCAGUAAUUUCUUGUUGGUCUAUUUUUACAAAUUUUCAAGUACUUAUUUUUCAAUAUGUGAGUUCUUCGUGAUUUCAGAAUCAAUUACUUUAAAGAUAGAUGUAUUACGAAAUAAAUUACUGUUCAACAACUUGCAAGGACAGAAAAUUUGAGAAUUUACCGUAAGCCUAUUCCACAUGAGGCAUCUAGGAGCUGCAACUGGCGGCAUCAGUGCGCUCAAACUUAUCAAUGAUUGUGAAAGCUGUGCAGCUCCAAAUUGUUGUGUUUGAAAUGGGUAUUAUUGUUUCUGAGAAACAGUGGGCAAUGCUUCACUGAAGUGAUUAAAUUUUGCUGAGCUUUCUAGACAAGUACAGUUUAUUUUUUAUAUUACAUCCUAAAUUAGGUUUGAAAUCUUAGGAUGGAUAUCAUUGUGAGUAGACAAUGAAUAUCAAUUAACACCAAUCUAGAGCUAUCUGUGAAAUUGCUAGAAUAAGUUAGUUUUUUACUCAGUUAUACUGUUAUGAGAGUACUUUUUUACUGUUUUUACUUUCGUGUUUUCGUGCCUAUUGUUGAAAUAUAGUUUUUUGCUAUUUUGUAGAUAAACAAAACACAAAAAAA